CAAUUUGAAUUGUAUUAUAGGUAGUUUAAGGGUGAUCAUCUCUGAAUGGAUCGGUAGUCAUAGCAAAAAUCGGUAGGAAUACAGAUAAAUCGGUAGUUCUGGUCACUCCGUGUGGUGUAGCCUUUUCACCGGGAAGCAGUAUGAAGUUUGACAGCUAGCUUGCAGCAGGGGGCAGCGGCUAAAAGCAAAACAUUCCGAAAGUAGCAACAAGUGUACGGAAAAUCUCCACCGCAAAUUGCCCUGCCAGCUGAUAGUUUUCUAAUUACACCGGCGGUGACAAAAUGUUGCCCGGAACAAGUGCAGCACGGUGCGUCGGUUCACACAUUCGCCGAUUUUCCCAAAGCGGUCAAUGGCCGCGGGUAAUGGUCGCUCGCACAUGCCCGCAAAUUAGUUGCUCGGUGCCAAAGAAAAUGUUCGACAUCCGGCAAGACGCAUCUUUUCGUAUGGCAAGUGUAAACAUUCGCGGCUUCGCCACUACCGUGCAAAGCCUACAAGCCAACAGGACGGCCAACAACAACGCUUGCUACAGUGCUAACACGAUGUCGAUCGCUACAUACGAGGAGGUGCUGGACCUGCCCAACCACCCGGAGAAACUGCUGAUCGAUGUCCGCAAUCCGGAUGAGCUGGCCGACACGGGCAAAAUUCCUACCAGCAUUAAUAUUCCCCUGGAUAAGGUAAAGCAGGCGUUCGGGCCGGAAACGAGCGACGAAACGUUUGCCCAACAGUAUGGAGUGCCGAAGCCGGGGCUGGAUCACUAUCUGAUCCUUUCCUGCCGCACCGGUCGGCGUAGUCAGAUGGCACUUGAAGCGAUUGCCGAGCUUGGUUAUCGAAACGCCCGCAACUACAAGGGAUCCUGGACGGAGUGGGCCGAAAAGCAGGGAAAGUGAGACGGGGAAGAAGUGGAUUUUAGACUCUACUUUAAAGAGGCCUGUUAGCUCAACAUUCCCAGUUUACGGUGGACAGUGGAAUAAACUACACACGUUCAGCCUAACA